AUGGAGCGACAACAUGAGCGCAGGCGGCGUCGAAGGCCGGCCCUGUCCUGCCUAGAGUGCCGGCGCCGCAAGAUCAAGUGCGACCGAAACGACCCGUGUGCCCACUGUGUCUCGGCCGAGACGCCGUGCACUUACAACGUCCACGGCAGCGAGUCUAUUCUUCGGCCGCAACAUCCCCGCCGGGACGGCUCGGGGGUCCAGACGGCGAGCACCCCGUCCGCUGCUGGACACUCGCCUUUUGCCUAUGCCGCCCAGCAGAGCCGCAUUGGCAGAGGCGGGUUGGAAACAAGGCUUCGCCGUGGCCCGUCUCCGUCUCGGGCCGAAGCAGCGGCCGCCCAAAACGACAGCCCGGAUCGCGUACAGAGGCUUGAGAAGUCCUCGGCAUCCCAUCCUGUCGAUGCGCUGGCCGAGAUCGGGCGAGAGGUUUUGGCGCCCUGGUCCAGGCUGCAGGACUCGCAGGUCAUUCUCAACAAGACGAGAAUCCUGAGAUGGAGCCACUGGUUCGGAACCGUCUUUUCCUGCUAUGCCGCGGCUUGCGGCCACGGUCAUGGAACCUCAUUUCAGGGAGCCGAGACGGAAGCCUUGGUUGUCGAGAUGGGCGUUCUUCUUCAAAAGUGCAAGACAUUCGACCUCUCACCCCCUGCCCGCGAAGUGGCCGACUCGAUGGUAACGCUGUAUUUCCAAUCUUUUGAGUCGACGUACAGGAUCCUCCACAAAUCCACAUUUUGGGCCGAGUACGAGAGAUACUGGAGUCAUCCGGAACGUGUUUCGAAUGGCCUGCGUCUUAUAAUCCUCCUAGUCAUUGGGAUUGGAUCUGGUCUUCACCAGCGGGGAGACGGCAAUGUUGGGCUCGGCACCAACGUUCAUCAAUGGAUUUUCUCCAUUGGCGGCGACCUCGUAUGGAUGUCAAUGGGAUCGCUCAUCCAUAGUGCCAUGCAGAUAGGCCUGCACCGGGACCCAACACACCUUCCGGCAAUGCCCCCGUUGCAGGCCGAGCUCCGGAGGCGGCUCUGGGCCACCGUCGUCGAGAUGACGGUACAGUCGUCUUUGGACUCAGCAAUGCCGCCCAGGAUCUCCCUUGACGAGUUCGACGUUGAGCCGCCGUCCAACAUCGACGACGAUGAGAUGGACGGCAUGGAGCCAGACACGACGUUCCAGGCUCACCCCAGGGGCACUUAUACGGCCACCUCGAUGCAGCUUCUUCUGCUCGACUCACUGCCGACCCGCCUGCGCAUCCUCCAGCUUCUCAACUGUUUGAAUUCUCAACUGUCUUACAUGGAUGUCCUUGCGCUGAGCUCAGAGAUGACGGACGCCUGUCACGCAUGCAGCAGCUUCAUGAAGAAUCAUGAGCACUCCGGGGUGACGCCCUUUCACCGGAACCUGCUCGACUACCUGGUGCGCCGGUUCCUGAUCCCUCUGCACUGCCCAUUCGCCAGCAAAGCGCGGACAAACCCGCUGUUUCAUUACUCGCUCAAGGCCAGCCUCGACACGGCCCUGGCCAUCAUCUCUCCCGAACCAGACCCUGGCUUCUCUCGUCUCAUGGCUAUCGGCGGAGGCCUUUUCCGAGAAGGCUUCCGGUACGCGUCGGCCAUCAUCAGCCUCGAGCUCGUCACCCAGGUCGAGGCCCAGCGUCGCGACGGGACGCUGCACCGCAACGCGCAGUACAGGGAUUUCCUCAAACACGCCAUGAGAGACAUGAUCGCUUUGUCGUCGGAGCGAAUCCGGCAAGGAGAGACUAAUAUCAAGGGCCACAUGUUCCUCAGCAUGCUCAUGGCCCAGGUCGAGGCUAUGGAAGCCGACACGCCCUGCGAUGUUGAGUUGCAGAUUGCACGGAGUGCAAGAGAUAGCCUUGAGUUUUGCCACGACCUGCUGCGCACACGGGCCGGCACUGCCUCUCCGGAUUCACGGUCCGCAUCUCCUGGCCUUGAUGGCGGACAAGAUAGCGAGGGCUAUGGGCUGGACUUGGAUAUGGAUAUUUUCUUUCCGGAGAUGCACUUUUCAUAA